AGGCGCUGGCGUCGUGAGCGCGCGUGUGCUGCUGAUGGAGCUGAACGCGGACACACUGCUGCGUGGAGGAAGAGGAGGAGGAUGAAGAUCAUCGAUCCCACCUGAUCGAUCAGAUCAUCGAUCCCAGCUGACGUCAGACGAUCUGGACCGUGCGCAGACCACGUGACGGAGCCGCAGGUGAUCCAGGUGAGAUAGAUUACUUUCUCUCUACUAGCUGUGAUGGACCUACAGCAUCCUGCCCAGCCAGCAGCUAACUGAGUAGGCUGCCUGAGUCUUACCUGUAUUCAGGCUGCUGGAUGGCCACAGGUGUGAACUACUGGAGCUCUUAUGAACCCGGUCACGAGGUGAGUGAAGGUCUGUGGGGAGGUGGGCGAGAGUACAGCAGCGAGGAGGGAGGAGGCGGAGUCACAGGGGAUGCACCUACCAUGGAAGUCAAAGGUCAGCUCAUCUCAGCAUCUGAGCUCCUCACCUGUCCAGACAGGAAGCAGAGGGAGCGAAUGGUGGAACUGCAGGAGAAGAGGCGGAGCCUACAGACACUACUGAGCACAAGAUUGGCUGAGCUUAGAGGCGUAUGUCUUCAGGAAGCGGAGCUGACAGGAGCAGUGCCAGGUGACUUUCCUCUUGAGGUGGGGGAGAAGCUCCCCUGUGUUCGAAGACGAGGUGGGACGUCAGUCCACGGAAACGGGAAGACUCGAGUUGAGGAGGAAGAGUCUCAGCGUUUAAAGCUGAAGAAAACUUUAUUUAGUGUUGCUGUGAGGAAACACAACGACUCUGAAUACAGUCACCAUGGCAAGAGGAUGGUGCACAGAGGCUGCCACACAGACGACUUGGUUCAGUCGGAGAGCAGCUCCACGUCCGAUUUAACAGGACACGACUACGAUGAUGGUGGGUCUCAGUGUCGCCCCCCACUGGUCUCUGCUGGGUCUCCAGAUGAGGUUUUCUACCAGAACAAAACCAGGAAAACCAGAACCGAACAUCUGGAAAGUCUUCAGAACCACGUGCCCCUCCCUCUGCCCUCGCCUCAUCCUCCUCCUAGAUCUCAGGACUCCUUUGGCCCUACAGACCCUGGACUGGGAGGUAAUAGGGGGGGCAGCACAGUUUGUCCCAGUGACAGUUCAGACGGCCUCCUGGACCACACAGCCCCUCCAGAGGAGGUGGGGGGGCACCACAGGGGAGCGAGGAUAUGUCUAGGAAAAACCACCACCAGAGGGUUCUGGAUCGAGACAAAGAGUAGGGUCCGAGUCUCUGAGGAGGGAGGGGCAGGGAGAGAAAGUGGAGGGGGGGGGUACAGCGAGGUUCUGUUGGACUAUGUCUGGGGGAAACAGAAGCAGCCCGGCAGGCUGCCAGUCACAUUGCAGCAUCAGCCGCUCUACAAUGGUUGUUCCCCCCAGCAGCUCACAGGAGCCCCUCCCACCUACCGUCACCAUGGCAACCAGCGGCACGUCACCGUCACCCGCACCAAGUCCUGUGGCCCAUCCCUGCCGAUCCAGCAAAACGAAGCCCACAGCCCCGACCACCCCCCCAUCCAACCUGACCCCCACCCCCACCUGCUGCCCCCCCGGCCCCCUCAGCUGCCCCCCUACCAGGACUCCCAGCUGGAGGAAGCCACCAGGAGUCUCCACAAGGCCCUGGCCCUGGAAGGUCUGAGAGACUGGUACCUGAGAAACACCUUAGGCUCCUCCCACCAGAACCAGGCCAGUCAGAAGGUCACAUCUGGAUCCAGCACAAAGACCAACGGUGGGGUGAAAGGUCAUGCCGGAGGAGGCGGAGCUCUGCAGCGCAGACGGACCACUCACGGCCUCAUGAAACAGUCGACCUAUCAGACGGAGACGAGUCAUCAUCAGGCCACUCUGCAUCAAAAACGGAUACUACCGCAUUCCGCCACGUUCCAUGGACACCCGUUGCAUGACAGAUCUGUGGACAGCGCAUUCUACCAGGACUUGUUCCCCUCUCAGAAACAGGAAGACCUGCUCAGAGACCUGCCACUAGACCAGCUGUCUCCUGGGACUCUGGUCUGACUCCUAAACCACUCAGGACCUUGAGUAACUGGCACAGGGACCAAUCCCAGGCUGGUUUCCUGGAUUCAACAAACUGUGUGUCCAUGUGACUGAACUGAGAUAGAGGUUCCUGCUUUCGGUUGAGGUCACAGGUGAUCGAUUGAGCUGCUGUCACCAAAACAGGUGACCAGAACCAGGACACCAAGCAGAACACCCUGCUUUAAAAAACAAAACAAAUUCAACGCUACAAAAUACGUCCUGAGAAUCUGCAUCUGAAGAAAGGACACAUCCUUGAGCACAAACCAUCACCUGGACCCGAAAGGUCCAUUUACACUGAAUGGACCUGGUCUUCUGUCCACCCAACGGUGUUGACCCAUCCAUUAUCCACUGGAACUAAAACAAUCAGAAGAGUCCUACCAUCCAUCCAGUCAGAACCUGUAGUCUUCAGUCCUGCUUUCUCAGGAGUUCUCCAUGAAGUUCUCAAUCAGAGGCAUUCCUGAUCUGAAGGUGUGCCUGUUCUGGAGGCGUUCCUGGUCUGGAGAUGUUCCUUACGAUGUUACUUCAGUACAUCUGGACUCUGUAGUCUCUGAGGACCUGGACCGCUAUAGGUGAAGAAAGCCCGGCUGUAUUCCUGCUGCGUGGACAGCUGUUGGUCUUCCGGGUGUCCUGUGUGUUUUUUGUUGUGUUCACAUGUUCAACUUCCUGUAAACACAUUUAACCAGCCAAUCAGAUGGCAGCAUGUAGACAUGGUGAAGACGACCUGCUGAAGUUCAACCUGAGCAUCAG